CUGUCCACCAGGACCAUCAUAAAUAUAGCCAUACAGCCAUAUAGAGACCAGAAAUCUAAUCCAGACUCAAAACCUUACCCUCAAACCCAAACAUUGUCAUGGCGACUCUCGGAGGAGCAACCCCUUCGUCUCAGAACUCUACUGAAAUCGAUAGUCUCGCUCGAUUUGCUGUUGAAGAACACAACAAGAAAGAGAAUGCGCUGCUUGAGUUUGCAAAGGUGGUGAAAGCGAAAGAACAGGUAGUGGCUGGUACGAUGCAUCAUCUUACUGUUGAGGUUAUUGAUGCUGGAGCUAAGAAACUAUAUGAAGCAAAGAUAUGGGUCAAGCCAUGGAUGAAUUUCAAAGAACUGCAGGAGUUCAAGCAUGUUGAGGAGUGCCCAACAAUUACACCUUCAGAUCUUGGCGUUAAAAAAGGUGAUCACCCUGCAGGGUGGCAAUCAGUUGCAGUCCAUGAUCCUGUGGUACAGGAUGCUGCUGAUCAUGCUAUAAAAACUAUCCAGCAGAGGUCGAACUCGUUGGUUCCAUAUCAGCUUCAGGAGAUUGUGCAUGCCAAUGUUGAGGUCGUAGAGGAAUCUGCAAAGUUUGAUAUCAUUUUGAAGGUUAGCCGAGGUGAUAAAGAAGAGAAGCUCAAGGUUGAGGUGCAUAAGAGUGAUGAAGGAGCCUUCAAACUGAUUCACAUGGCUCCUCAUGAUGAAUGACUCCCUUUCUCAGAAAACAUACUUGUGACAAAACAUACCAAUAUGUUAUAAUUAUGUUUUUGUGUAAUUGGAGUCUGGAUCAAGUUGAGGAUUAAUAAAGAGUCAAUAAACAAGUUGGCGUUUAAAAUGUGUGCACAUAAA